CCGAGCAAGUUCGUUUUUUGCUCUGACCUUCUCUCCGCGUCUGCUUUCGCCGGGAGAACACGACCAAGAUCGAUAGAGAGGCCGCUUGGUGGAUCUGCAUCGACUGUAGAUGGCACCGAAGAGCGUGCUACUACCGGUGUCCGAUCCCCCGCCGCCGCCUCUUCGAGGAGUGGACGACAACGACCCCCUCUUCCGAGGAUCCGCCAUGACAAGGCGAGGUGCCUUUGCAGCCAUCUCCUACAUGUCCUGCGCAGUUCUUCUAGUUAUGUUCAAUAAAGCAGCUCUAUCUUCGUAUAAUUUCCCGUCUGCUAAUGUUAUUACUCUUUUUCAGAUGAUCAGUUCAAUAUGCCUGCUUUAUGCAAUGAGGCGAUGGAGGAUUAUUUCUUUCGCAAAUGGUGAAUCGCAUAAAACAGGCUUGGUGCCACUUCAAACUGUUUUGCAUACCCUUCCUCUGUCUAUCGCAUAUUUACUUUACAUGUUGGCUGUAAUGGAGUCUGUUCGUGGAGUAAAUGUUCCAAUGUAUACCACACUUAGACGUACAACUGUUGUAUUUACGAUGAUUGUAGAGUACUUACUUACGAGGCAAAAAUACACAUAUCCCAUUGUCGGAAGUGUUGUGUUGAUUGUCCUUGGAGCUUUUGUUGCUGGAGCUCGAGACCUAUCCUUUGAUUUUUAUGGCUAUGGCAUGGUCUUCACCGCUAACAUGACAACUGCAAUUUAUCUAGCAACGAUAAACCGCGUCGGAAAAUCCAGUGGACUAAACAGCUUUGGGCUCAUGUGGUGUAAUGGAAUAGUAUGCGGACCAAUUUUGUUAUUCUUGACGUACAUUCGUGGUGAGUUGGAACUUACAAUGAACUUUCCUUAUCUUCAUUCGCUUGGUUUUCAGGCUUUGAUGCUAUUUUCCUGCAUCUUGGCAUUUUUCUUGAACUACUGCAUUUUCUUGAACACGACCUUGAACUCUGCUCUGACACAAACAAUGUGUGGAAAUCUGAAGGUCACAAAGCUGCUAUACCUUAGAGCCAUGGCCUGAUCAGAGAUUGACAACAACCAUCAAGAGGUAACCCAAUUCUUAAUGAGAUCAGUAAUAUAAAUCAUAUUAGUAUCAACCUAGCACAGCCCUAGAAUAUCUGUAAAACAUAUCCUACUCCGUUUCUUUAACAAUGACAGUAAGCUAAAACAACAGUAGUAAACUUAGAAAAACACUAAGCAUCCACUCGUUUUCUUAAUCCAUUGUUCACUGUUUUCUAGGACAUGUAAUCUGAUCUAAUCUAGAUUUGCUGUCCUGUGAGUGAUAUCAUCACCUCAUCAUACACUAAACAAUUCAGUGAGGAGUCACUUAUUAGUUGCAAUUAUUGAAGGCGAAGUAAAGGAAACAAAAGGCGGAAUGGAGGGGGCUUGUUCUGUUCUGCCUCUUUGCAUCCAUUGACGCAUUUAUUAAUGUGCCUUGAGAACCAAGUGCAACAGCUAGAAAGCAUAAAAGGCACUGAUAAGUCCGUGUCAUUUGCCCAGUUCGAUCCAGCUAUUUUCUGCUUACUUUAUUGGAUGUCAUUUAUUUUAAUGUACUUUAUUUUUGUUUUAUUUUUCAAAUUCCAUCAUAAUGAUCCUCUUUGUUUUUUUGGCUGUUUACUAGGAGGAGAGAAGAGUGACAGGGAAAGAUGAUGUGGUUUCCCUCUUUGCAAAGUGAUAUUUGUGCUAAAUUCCACUGCAUGAAACUAAGGCUGUGUUUCUUUCGAGGUGUGGAUUGAGUAAGCGGAGAAAUUAAAGAGGGGAAAAAAUACUUAAAGGAAAAAAAGGAUUAGAAAAGAAUCCUAGUAAAAGGAAGAGAAACACGAGGGACAGUUGUGUCGAAAGUCACGUUGUGAAGUCACUGACUGACGCGUGCAAGGUUGGUCGUGCCCGCAAAGGAGGCCGCAAGGUUGGCCGACUGAAGGUUGUGUGAGGUGGUUGUGCAAGCCGCCCAUGGAUCGUGCAGUUGAGGAUAGAGAUGUGACCCGGAAGAAGAUAGAGGAUGAAUUUAAAAGGUUUAAAAAUUAAUCCUCGGAUGGAUCUUUAAAUCGAAGGAGGCACAGGCGUGCUGAGUAAGGAAAGGGUCUAAUUUUUAUAUGGUAAAAUUAAGGGGUGAUUUGGAUAGAUUGGCUCGGUUCAACUUCAAAUCAAAGCAGGAGUGAGUGGCUCUUUGAAUCUUUUUUCAUGGCGCCUUCACGUGAUGAGGUGGACCCCUUUCUCUAACCAUCCCUCCCUUUGUCUCCCUUUCGCGAUCGCCUGCCGCGGCACAGUCACCCCCCAGGUAUUCUCUCCCUAGCUGAUUUUGGACAACCAAUCGAGUAUUUUGUUUUUAUUUUCUUUUAGUAAUUUCUAAAUCUGGGUCUUAUUUUGUAUACAAUUUGUAAUUACUAAACUACAAAAAAAAUGCCAAUACAUUUUGACAUCAUUGUCUAA